AUCAAUGCUCCAAUUUAAAGAAAGUCUCAGUGAUCCUUCAGGGAGGCUGUCUUCUUGGACUGGAGAAAGCUGCUGUACAUGGAAAGGAGUGACCUGUGACAUCAAAACAGGACAUGUUGUCAAGCUCAAUCUCCGAAAUCCCUUUCCACAAACCUUUGAUCCAACUCCAGAAAGCUUUGAUGGCAAUGGAAUGGUCUACGAACUAAGCGGUAAGGUCAGUCCUUCUUUAGUCAAUUUGCAACAUCUGAGUUAUUUUGAUCUAAGCAUGAACAAUUUCCAAGGGACUCAAAUUCCGGGAUUCCUUGGAUCCCUCACAAGAUUGAAAUAUCUCAAUCUAUCUGGUGCAUCAUUUGCUGGCAAAAUUCCUUCAAGUAUUGGAAACUUAUCGGGAUUACACUAUCUCGAUCUCAAUUCUUACACUGAUGAACCUGUUAAGAAUGACAUCCAAUGGUUGUCUGGGCUUUCUUCUCUGAGGUAUCUUGAUUUGGGAGGCUUGGACCUUAGCCGGGCUUCAUCUCAUUGGCUUCCGACAAUCAACAUGCUUGCUUCUCUUUCAGAGUUGCAUUUAUCCCAGUGUCAACUCCUGAAUCUUCCAAAUUCUCUUCCAUUUAUCAAUAUCACAUCCCUUUCUGCACUUGACUUAUCCAGAAACAAUUUCAACUCUACCAUGCCAAACUGGUUGUUCAACCUAAGUUCCCUCACAGACCUUGAUCUGUCCUCAAAUUAUGGCAUCAGAGGUCAAUUAUCCAGGAAUCUUGGAAACCUUUGCAAAUUGAGAGCACUAAAUCUCAAUAGUAAUAACAUUUUUGGUACACUAACGGAAGUCAUUGAUGGCUUAUCCGAGUGCACCAAUAGUAGCAUGGAGACAUUGGACUUGACCUUCAAUCAAUUAAGUGGAAAUAUUCCCAAUUCACUGGGCUUCCUCAAGAACCUGCGAAGUCUUCGACUUCGAAAUAACUCAUUCACAGGUUCAAUUCCAGACACAAUUGGAAACUUAUCAUCCUUGGAGCAACUAUAUCUCUCAUUCAACCAAAUGAGUGGGGCCAUUCCUGAGAGCCUGGGAAAACUCGUGUCCUUAGUUUAUUUGGACCUGCAUGAGAACUCAUGGGAAGGAGUCAUAACAGAAGCCCAUCUGAUCAACAUGUCCAGAUUAACGGAGAUAUCAAUUGGUAAACUUUCAGAAAAUAUUUCCGUGGUGUUUAACAUUAGUCCUGACUGGAUACCACCUUUCAAGCUCAAAUUUGUCCAAAUUCAGUCAUGCCAACUCGGCCCGAAAUUCCCAACUUGGUUGAAAAAUCAAGAUCAGCUGAAAAAUCUAAUAAUUAACUUUGCAAGGAUUUCAGAUUCGAUUCCAGAAUGGUUCCUACGGCUGGGAUUGCACUUGGAUGAACUUGAUCUAGCAUACAACAACUUAAGCGGGAUGCCACCAAAUUCAUUGCAAUUCAACCUCGGAUCAAAUGUGGACUUGAGUUCCAACAGCUUCAAGGGGCCCCUCCCACUCUGGUCAUCUAACCUGACUACUCUAUAUUUAAGGAAUAACUCUUUCUCUGGACCAAUUCCACGAGAUAUUGGUAUGGUGCUCCCACUUCUGACAGACCUUGAUAUCUCCAGGAACUCACUAACUGGUGGCAUUCCCUUGUCAAUAGGUAACAUGACAAGUUUGACAACCUUAGUCAUCUCAAAUAAUAGGUUGUCUGGUGACAUCCCAGACUUUUGGUCUAAUAUUCCAGAUCUUUACAUUUUGGACAUGUCAAACAACAGCUUGACUGGUAGAAUACCAACAUCUAUAGGCUCUCUUAGCUUCGUCAAGUUUUUGAUACUUUCAGGGAACAAUCUUUCAGGAAAACUACCUUCCAGCUUGAGAAAUUGCACUUCUACUUUCAGUCUUGAUCUUGGUGACAAUCAAUUAUCAGGACGCCUUCCAGCCUGGAUUGGGAAAGACAUGCCGUCCCUUUUGAUUCUUCGGUUGAGGAAUAAUUCCUUGACAGGAAACAUUCCCUCUAGCAUUUGUGCCUUGUCUUCUCUUCACAUCCUAGACCUCUCUGAAAACAGACUGUCUGGGAUCAUUCCUACCUGUUUGGGAAAUUUGAGUGGCUUCAAAGCUGGGUUAAAAACUGAAGAUACGGAGCCAUAUGAAGGGCGCUUGCAGGUGGUUGCCAAAGGAAGAGUUCUCGUGUAUCAAUCCACACUUUACCUAGUAAACAGCAUAGAUCUCUCAAGCAACAAAUUCAGAGGCAACAUUCCUGCUGAACUCACAAGCCUGUUUAGAUUGGGGACGUUGAACUUGUCAAUGAAUGGCUUAACUGGGCCAAUCCCAGAAACCAUUGGGAGAUUGGAAAGGAUUGAAACUCUUGACUUGUCAAUGAACAAACUCACAGGGCGUAUUCCACAAAGCAUGGCUGCUUUAACUUUCUUGAAUCACUUGAAUUUGUCAUCCAACAAUUUGUCAGGUCGAAUUCCGACAGGUAAUCAGUUUCAGACCCUCACUGAUCCAUCAAUCUACGAGGGUAACAUUGCACUUUGCGGAGAUCCACUACCAACCAAGUGCGAGAACAGUGGAACCAAACCUUACCCUGGUGGCAAUGUUGACGAGGAUGAGAAUGAAGAAGAUGAUCUUGAAAAGUUGUGGUUCUUUCUUGUUGUGGGGCUGGGAUACUUUCUUGGCUUCUGGGGUGUUUGUGCUAGUUUGAUACUGAAGAAAAGCUGGGGAGAUGCCUACUUCAACUUUCUUCUGGGAUUAAAAGACAGGAUUUUUUAUCUUGCAUUUGCCAAAUGGAGGAAGGCUUGAACAUUGAAAUUGAUUGCAUGGAGAAUAUAUGCCUGAAUUGAAAGUACUACAAAUGACCAUGCAUGGAUAUCAAGCAAGGAAUAAGUUGUUUAAUGAUGCAUAUCUUUCUUUAAGUACUAAAGUAAGUGUAAUAAUUGUACCAAUCAAUCUAGAUAGGUUUGCUUCAUUUUUUCCCCCUAAUCUUUAUGUAUAUUACAAAUUCAGUAGAAUAAGUUUACUUUCUAGAUAAAAUACACAAUACUCCUAUUUUCAA